UUUUGUGUAACAGAAAAGCCAGGAGUGUGUCCAAGCAAGAACCUCAGAAUAGGAGUGUGUGCUGAGAUGUGUUCCCAUGAUAGUGACUGUCCAAAUGAUGAGAAGUGCUGCAGCAAUGGAUGUGGACAUCAGUGUAUGGCUCCAUAUAGAGAAAAGCCAGGAGUGUGUCCAAAAAACAAUCAUGAAGGAGCACUUUCAGGAGCGUGUGCUGAGCAGUGUUCUCAUGACAGUGACUGUCCAAAUGAUAAGAAGUGCUGCAGCAAUGGAUGUGGACGUCAGUGUAUGGCUCCAUAUAGAGAAAAGCCAGGAGUGUGUCCAAAUAACAAUCUUGCAGUAGCGUUUUUAGUAAAGUGUGUCGAGUUGUGUUCCCAUGACAGUGACUGUCCGAAUGAUAAGAAGUGCUGCAGCAAAGGAUGUGGACGUCAGUGUAUGCCUCCGUAUAAAGAAAAGCCAGGAGUGUGUCCAAGCAAAAACCUUGGAUUAGGAGCAUGUGUUGAGAUGUGUUCCCAAGAUGGUGACUGUCCGAAUGAUGAGAAAUGCUGCAGCAAUGGAUGUGGACAUCAGUGUAUGGCUCUAUCUAAUGUAAAGCCAGGAGUGUGCCCAAAAAACAACCAUGAAGGAGUAUUUUCAGGAGCGUGUGCUGAUAGGUGUUCUCAUGACAGUGACUGUCCAAAAGAUGAGAAAUGCUGCCGCACUAAAU